CCCCGCCCAUCUGUCAGGAGCUAGUUCCGGGUUCUUGUCGGUUCCAGGGCUCUCCUCCUCCUCCUCCGCUGCUGUUACCGGGUUGUUUGUACCGUUGACUCGGUUCAACAUGUCUCUGUUAAUGGAGAAUGCGUUCAAGGAGCUGCCGCCGGAUAAGUCCGUGGACACGAAGCUGUUUCUGGAGUCCGUGUCUCACGUUCCGGCUUUUUUCGACUGCCUGGAAUCUGCAGCGUUUUCACCCAUCAAGUCAGAUAUUAACGGCAAUAUCAAGAAAAUUCGAGGCGUAUAUCUUAAAGAUCCGGCGAGGUAUGUCACCCUGCAGGACAUCGUAGAGGCAGAGAGAGAAGCCCACGGAGCCCAGUGGCCCAAAGUAGGAGCAACCCUGGCACUGAUGUGGCUGAAGAGGGGUCUACGUUUCAUCCAGAUCCUCCUGCAGAGUCUGGCAGAUGGAGAAAGGGAUGAGAACAACCCCAACCUGAUUAAAGUCAACAUCACCAAGGCUUAUGAACAGGCUCUGAAGAAGUACCACGGCUGGCUGGUUCAGAAGGUUUUCCAGGCAGCGUUGUUCGCAGCUCCGUACAGAUCCGACUUCCUCAAGGCUCUGUCCAAAGGAGAGGAAGUGAAAGAGGAGGACUGUCUGGAACUCACGCGUCAGUUCCUGGUUAAUUUCACGGCGACGGUGGACGCCAUCUACCAGAUGUACACGGAUCUAAACGCUGAGCUGGACUACACUGUUUGAUGGACGAGGACAGGGGCGGGGCUUCUCCUUCUCAGGUGUCAGACUAGUGCAGGUUUUUAACAGGAUCUCAAUGGUCUUUUUUGUUUUUUUUAAAGGAUUGUUUUUGUCUUUCUUUCUGGUGUGCUAUUUAUUAACUUGAUUGUACCUUAUUUAACCCUUUCAUGCGUGAAUUAUGAAAAAAAGUAUCUAGAUUUUUUUUCAAUUUAUUUUAUUUCUCAAAAUUUGGCUAAAGUUGAAAUGCAUUUAGA